AAUUAACGGCGGGAUGUCGAUUUGGACAUCAUGGAGUGAAGGACCUUGUUCGGUCACAUGCGGCUCGGCAUUCCAGAAUGUAAACAGAACAAGAUCCUGUACAAACCCAUCACCCCAAUAUGGCGGUAACGACUGCAGCGGACCUCGUUUUGAAUCUAUGAAGAGAACCUGUACUCGGUUGCCAAGUUGCCUAAUGUCGCCUAUAGAGAGUGGUGUCAUCGGGGGAGCAGUAGGAAUUGCGUUAACGUUUUUGCUGAUUGGUGGACUGGCCACAUGUCUGCUACGAACGGGAAGAUUGACAUGGAGAUCAUCUGCGUGCACAGAUUCUGCAGACGGGAGACACACGACCGAUACAGGUGACACUGGGCAGAUUCAUGCACAUGCGCAUGUGUCGGGUGUUACUGCUCACGACUACGCUGAACUGAAUGACCUCACAAGAGAGAGAGGUGCGAUGCCAACGUAUGAAGUCAUACAAAAUCCAAACAGAGUAUAAGAGGGCUGCAGAUCAUCACCAACCAAAGUUAGGCCUUUAUACUCGGGUCCUUGCAUGGUGACUGACGCCACUUAUGCUACCUGCAUGACACCCCAGCAAGAGACAAUGUGUUUGCUAUGCAAUGGUUCAAACAUACAUAAUUAGAUCAGAAUCAGAAUCAGAAUUAACUUGUUCUUUGAUUGAAACAUUUUGGAAAAAAAUAUUACCAAUAAUCGAUAUACCUGAAGUUAAACCAUUUCCGAUCGGAGCAGAUAUUCCGAUUUAUAUGCAUUGUAACAUGAUGAUUGCGAAAUUCAAUCAAGGAGAAUAAUCCAGAACUCGAUAGUCCAGCUAUAUGACGGCGGUCUGUAAAUAAUUGAGUCUGAACCAUACA